AUGUUGCAGCAGAUAAUCGAUAGCUUCCAGACUGGAAGCCUCGAAGCAUACCGCGAAUCACUGAGGAUAUGGGUGAAUGACAAGGCCCCUCCGGUUGAAUCAGUCAUAGGCUUUGUCGAGCCAUAUCGCGAUCCAUUAGAUGUUCGUGCAGAGUUCGAAGGCAUAGUCGGAAUACCGGAUGCUGCCGAAACCAAGAUUUUGAAUACACUUGCAACCAAAGCGAAUCAAUUGGUCUACAAACUUCCCUGGGUUGAAGGUACCGGUGACAGCAAGGGCCCUUACGAAAAGGAAUUAUUUGAGCCACCUGAUUUCUCAAGCAUCAAUAGUCUUGUAUACUGCUCGAGUAUCAUUUUCCCAGGAAUCAACCUUCCAAAUUAUAAUGAUCUUAGACAAGAUACAGGUUACAAAAACAUCAUCUUCAGUAACCGCAUGGUGUCUGAGAGUAGUCGAUCUCGCGGUUUACACAUGGUGGACGCAUCAGGACAAGACACUUUCAAGAAGCAUCGGUUCCAUGCCUACUACAUCUGGGUCGUGUUGCAUGAAAUCCUCGGACAUGGCACAGGAAGAUUCUUGACUGAAUCUUCUGAUGGUGUUCUCAAUUUCGACAUGGAAAACCCGCCCCUGGAUCCCUUUACUGGAAAACCCGUGGAAAGCUGGUAUCGGGCUGGGCAAACAUGGACGGGGGUGUUCAAUGACCUUGCAACAACAGUGGAUGAAUGCAGAGCAGAACUCGUCGGCGCUUACUUGAUCGACGAUCUAGAAAUACUGAGCAUUUUUGGCUACACAGGCCAAAGCGAGGUCAAGCCUGAUGACAGUAAGUCGCCCCGGAGAAGCCAGAAGACUAAAGCUAAGUCUGUUACUUACAGUCGCCUACAACAUGUAUCUUCAGCUGGGCGUCGAUGGACUUCGAGGCCUUGA